CAUCAUCCUAAGCGCUUGUCUUCUUUUUUCCUUUCUUCUUUUAUGCCUUUAUCUUUCAAAAACAACUUGAUUCCAAUUUUGUUCAUUGCUUUUAUGAUGCUGGCUACCUCAGUUGAUCCUUUGGUUGUUGGUCGUGUGAUCGGAGAUGUUGUUGACAUGUUCAUCCCAUCUGUUGGCAUGUCUGUUUACUUUGGUCCUAAACAUGUCACUAAUGGUUGUGACAUUAAGCCAUCCAUGGCUAUCAACCCUCCUAAGAUCACUCUCACCGGAAAGAUGGAUAAUCUCUACACUCUUGUUAUGACUGAUCCGGACGCGCCUAGUCCGAGUGAGCCCAGCAUGCGGGAGCUGUUACACUGGAUUGUGGUUGAUAUCCCAGGGGGGACAAACCCGAAGAGAGGAAAGGAGAUUUUGCCAUACAUAGGACCAAAGCCACCAAUUGGGAUUCACAGAUACAUAAUGGUACUGUUUGAGCAGAAGGGACCGAUCGGUAUGAUGGAGCAACCAACAACUCGAGUUAGCUUCAACACUCGUUAUUUUGCAAGUCAGUUAGACCUUGGUCUCCCAGUAGCCACUGUGUAUUUCAAUUCACAGAAAGAGCCUCGGUCUAAGAGGCGUUGAACUAAUUAAUAAAUAGUUUUGCUGCAUUCAUGCCGCAUCAAUAAUAUGAAUGAAUGAAUAAUGGGGCCGAGGAGGGUGUGUUUAUAUAUAUAUAGUUAUAUUAUAGUCUCAGUCAUAAGAACAAUGUGCUAGCUUGUUGUGGCUCG